AUGAACGAAGAAAUCGUCGAAGGCGAUCACGCUUAUGAAGUGCUUAUUUAUCAACGUGAAUUAGAUAAAAUCGAAAAAAUAAUAGAAACGAACAAUAUGUUGCUCAACUCAACACGAAUUAAUAGUGACGGAAACGCGGAUUCCUCGCAACAACCGCUUUUAUUGAAUACUUCGUCGUUUAAUAGUGAAAAUUUGCAAAAUUGCCUCUCCAUAUCGAGAGAUAUCGAACGUCAGGAGCGGUUACGUCAAAUAAAUCGUCGAUUGAGUCAUCCAACACCGCUGGAGGCUACGUUGACUUACGAGGAGAUCUACGAGUGCUCAUUAGAGGACGACCGUUAUUAUACGGCGCAAGAUUAUCAGAAUUCGACGGGUCCACGACAAGUAACCGAUCUGGACGUGUCACUAAGCAUAAACGAUUGUAUGGGUUACUUCGAUGAAGACGUAAAUGUGGAUUCCGGUCCAUCUCGUUGUGAUACGCCCAACAAAUUGCCCAGCUACGGCACUGUUGCCGCAGCUGUGGCAAAUUUCCAAACUCAAAUGUCCAAGUCUAUGGGUUCGCCGCCACCACCGUACAAAGAGCACGCCUCGCCCACAAUAUGUAAGCAGCCUGCAGAACCAACACCGCAGACGAGCAGCAUACAGCAAUUGCGCAAAAAAUACGAACAAAACAGUGUAAACGAACCAAACCGAAAAACACAAGAGAAGGCGCCAAAAGUGAAGGAAUUACUUCGGUCGAUGCCAACAGUACCAUCGCCGACCUUACGCCCAAAAUCGCCAAAACCUACACGCAAAUCGAAGGUUAAGCAAAUGGCGCAUAUGUUUAAUAACAAAAUUCAUCAAUUGAUGCGUCGGGAUACCAAUGAAAAGAAGGGGUAUAACCAAAUGAAUGUCACACAGCAAGUAAAUCCGCCUAAGAAACUGGGUAUACUGAAACCUACCAACAAGGUCCGCCGUUGGCCAUCUUUCCGCACUGGUUUGCCUAGUCCAGUGCCCAGUCCACGUUUCAAGCGCAAACCCGGCCAAACCAACACCGACAAGCCAUUGAGCGACAGCGAGAGUGCUUGCCUAGUCGCCGAAGAUGUAUUCCGCAAACUCUCUGUGAAGGAUAAAGCUUUGCUAUAUAACAAAUUCAUUGAGGAUAUGGCCAAACAGCAUCCGCAGUUCAGCGUGCACGCACGCCUCGUGGAAGCUACGGUACAGCAGGAGUUGGAGCGCAGCGAACGUGAGCAGAAGCCACCGAAAGUUAAGGAGCUGGCACGUGAAUUGGAGACCAAAUUCAAUUUGUCCAAACCAAAGAUAUCUACAUGGGCUUUGAAAAGACUGGCCGAACUACAAAAGACACCUGAAUAUGAGGCAGUCAACAGACGCAUUUCGAUAUCACCACCACCGCCAGCGAUCGCAGCUGCAUUACAAUCUUUGCAAGAGCAAGAAGAUGAAGAGCCAAACGAUGCUAAGCAAACCGAGUGCGAAGUGGACAACGAGGAAGUCGAGACUGAGGAAUUACAUGUCAGCACGCUUACUGUCGUGCUCAAGCCAAGCCCUGACAAGCUGGCGCCUAAGCGUGAGGUGCCACGCAUACUGCCACGUAAAACACGUGAACUGCAAUUCAUCCAUGAUAUGCGCAAGAUAGAGCGUUCAUCGAAACGUAAUAACGAAUCGAUGCGCGCCUCAGUCUCCUUCGAAGCUUACGGGCCACCGAAGAAAAUACGUCGCACUAGAGCCGAACGCUUACAACCCAAAGCCAUCUUUCAAAAUGCGCACAUGGAGCGGUUGUUCUACAACUGGAUCAUGGAGAAGAAUGGCGUUACCUUCGACAUUACAACUGUAGAAAACAGCGAGGAUUCUUUGUGCGCAAAUGGCGAUGAAGUCAAUACAUCGAAAAGUUCGACUAAAUCCAAAUCUAAAGUACAUGUGUUGUUGGAAAAGGCCAAAGCUAAGUUGGAAAGCGUUGAAGCACGUGUGAUGAGACGUGAUAGCUAUCUUUCAAAGAAAACUGAAAAGGCUUUGAAAAUAAUUAAAGAAACCAGAGAACAGCAAGUCAUCGAUAAAAGUAUCAUCGAAGUUGAACUGUCACACAGCAACAGCAACAGCAAGACAGGCACUUCCAGCGAUGAAAUUCACGCUGAAACCGCAAAUCGAAAAAACCAGAGAAAGGUGAAACGUCAGGCGCCACAACCACCCAAGGCAGAUCCCUCGACUAAGAACCUUAACUCCGAGCAAAGCAACGAGCAAGACUUCUCUUCAUUGACAUCUUCAGAUAAGCAAUCGGAAGCGGAAAGUGAAUCGGGACUCUCUAGCUUACCAAAGAUUACAAGCGAUGAGUCACAACCAGAACAAACCGCACCAACGGCCUAUGCCAACAAAACAGCCGAAUUUGAAUUUGCCAAACCCAUCAAACCAGCACGCAAGAAGAAGCUGCGCCGCACACUCACCUGGAAGAAAGAGAACUGCAUUAUUGAGAGUCGUCCCAUACCGUCAUCUACCGACUCUGAGAGCGAUCACGCUAAAGCGCCUGAGAAAAUAGAGGAGGAGGAAGAGGAGGAAGUUGUCUACGUCAACGUAAUGCAGCCACCCAAGCAAACAGAAGAUAAACCGACCAAAAAUCAGAUCAAUGAAAUGGCAGUUGCAGCACAAGAGGCGCUAAAUAAGGAGCAACAAGAAAAUAAAACUAUCAACGACGAAACCAUCAUGAAUAAUUUGAAUACCCCACAAAAGAUAAGGUCCGCCUAUACACUCACAGCUAUGUCCACACCUUCGGCACACACAGAAAGUGAUCCUUCACCUUUAACAGAAAGCGAUCCCGAGAUUAGACGCAAACAUAGCAUACGCCAGUUGAAUUUGUCAUCACCAUCAUUGAAGACGCAGCAGGAAAAGCAACAGCCGGAAUUGCCGGAAAAGAAUAUAGACGCAAAAAGUGCUGUCAAUAACAAGUCAGCUUUGGAUAUAACACAACCGGAGGACACUCUCCAGAAGCUUAUCGACAGUUUUGUCGAUCUCGGCUUCGAGACUGGCUCAAAUGGCAUGGAGAGUCCGGUACGUCGUUCCGCACCUGUGCCGAAACCACGCAGAAGUAAGGGCUCUGCGCCACUUUUCAUCAAACUCACACCUGAGCUGGAGAAAACACUGCAACAGAAUCGCUCCAACUUUUCUUCGACACCGGUGCGGGGCAUGACAACCAACCAGUCACAUCUGGCAUUCAACAACAAUGCAGCACGCCAACUACAACAACAGUCCUUAAGUCCUAUCAGCACACUAACUGCUGCACGUCGUCGCUCGCUGAAUCCGGUGGAGGACUCACGUCGAAACUCCGUAGCUAUGCAAGUGAUUUGUGAGGACCGUCCGCUGGAGCAUGUUGAUCGUUCGCAAACGCAAACGCCUCAAUCGGCCACCUCCAUGGAGACCAGCUUCUUUGGUAACUCGUUCAAUUUGAAUGUUAGUCACAACAACGAACAGCAAGAGAGAACAUCCAAGUUUUGGAUACGCGCUGAUGACUUCACCAUUAACAUGGAUGUCUUCUACAAUCCACCGGACCGUCUACGCUUAUUAUAUGACAUAUUCAGCCAGAAGAGUAGCGAGACAAGCGAUUUACACUUUGGCAUCGAUGAUUACAAAUUCUCACCACAAAAGUCGGAUGACAAAGCCGACAUAUCGAAUCGUCUACCGACUAUUAAUGGCUGCUCACACUAUUGGUUCUCCACUGGCGAUCUGGCUGUACCAUUCAACGGCAAAUAUUUGGCACCAGAGAAGAUCGAACGCAUGUUCACUUUCAUAAAGGAAACUAUUAACGAAAAGACACAGUUACGUUUCGGUGUCGAUGACCAUGAGUUCUCGCGAGUACCUGAAAGCUUGGACUCCUGUGCCAAGUUUUCAAUGGAAAGCAGCUACAGCAUGCUUGUGGGUCUACAAGGUACCAACAAUGGUUUGGAGGGACGUGGUCGUACCGCUUGGCCAAGUUCGGUCUACAAUUCUGCUAACUCGAAUGCCAGCUCUAUAAAAACAUCGGAUUUGGAUUGUUCAGUCGUGGGUUCCGACUAUGAUGACAGUGAAUUGCGUUAUCUCACUGAAUCGCCUACCGGCACCAAUUACUACGAUGUGGCCUCGGUAGAUAGUUCCGACCUAAUAUUGCCACGCAAAAGCAAUGAGACAAAAUGCGAAAACGUCUUCGAUAUGAAAUUCGACUUUGAUACGCUGGAUAAGCUCUUUGAAGAAGAUCAAAAGAAAGCUCUGAACAAAUCACUAGACUCGAAUCAUAAACAAUCCAUACCGGAAAUGUUGCAGAAACUACAGCAUCAGAGGCUCAAAUUGACGGCUUUGGAAAAACGCAUGAGGACCUAUUCUAAUCACUCGAGCAUCGCCGGUGCUGUCAUACCGCACUCGAAGGAGUCGCCGCUCUACAUGCAUAAAUUGCGCACCAUGAUCCAUGCUAUCGAUAAUAUUGGACGCGAAACUGAUUUUAAGGCUUGCAGCAUGAAACAACUGGAGAGCUUCAUGUUCUUCCUCACACGCUACGCCGAUAUGUGCUUGGCCAGCUGCGACAAACAUAUGAACAAGGUAUUGGACGCACUGUUGGACCAGCAGCAGAAACAACAAGAGGAAUUGAUCAAGUCCAAUAAGGAGUUGAGCGUGGCCUAAGCCUUGUGCACUUAGAGGAUCACAUACAUCGACGAGAACUUCC